GUCGUCGCCAUCGCCACGUGGUUCUGAUCGUUUAUCUUCACUUGCAUCCUUCGUCGACAAAAGCCCUCGCUCUCGCCUCUAGGGAUUCUCUCGCUGCAUCAACCGUUGAUUUCUGGAGCUCGCCCACCCAUCUAAGCCAUCACCAAAGCCAUCACCACUGGAAUACCUCCACAAUCACACCCUCACACAGAACCCCAAUAGUAUCCACCACAUAGAUCCAGAAAAAGCCCCUUACCCGAACCACAAACUCCACCAUAAACGCAACCACUGCAGCUUCCUCUCCCCCCCCCCUCCCCUCCUCCCACACAAGACUGCUUCGACAAAACCCGGCCGCGCUGCCAAUACCUCUUUCACCUUUACAGCACCCAUCACUACUACCAUUGCUUGCUGCAGCCACCACCGCAGCAGCAGCGACUUUUUUCGUAAUAAUACCAUCACGACACUCCUCCAUCCAUUCUCAUUUUUCUCGAUCCUCAGUCUUCUCACUUUAUAGCCUUUCGGGUGGUAGCUACAAUACGACUCUGAGAAGGUCGAGGUCUACUUCCACCGAGUCGUUGCUCGACUCGAACGAACAAAGUCUGGCUAAACUUUCAAAGGUGAUCCUACGCGGCGACGGAUCUACCUAUAACGAAAUCUCCAAUCCUAAAAACAGCAAAAUGCAUCAAACAAGUUCGCGAUUACUGCGGAUGACUGCGGAUGACCGUCCGUACACUAGGGAUUUCAAGGAUCUUUUCUCUACCCUGAUGGUUAGUUUGCCGUUAUCUUCUCACAGGAUACGUUUCAAGACAUACCCCUUCAGCUUUGCCUCUGAGGAGGCAAUCAACAAUCUUGGUUCGUUGAAGUUUUCUCAAUCGAACCGAAUGCCCGAUCCGAAGGAUCACACUCGGAUCGUCACCACGACAACCACAACCACUUUUUCGAUGGCUAAGGAAAUGGCUCGCUCUGUUUGUCAGCGAUUUAUGGAUGCUCGAUUUAUUGAGCUGGCUGACGGAAAAUCUACCAUUUAUUUCCCCCCAAAGGGAUCUUUAUGGCAAUUGACGCCCAAAGGGAUUCAUGUUUUGGAGAGGUUCUGUCAGCGUAAUGGCAUCCAACAAGACCAUGUAAUAAAGUUAUUACAGUCUUCAUUCAACACCAUGCGUUUGGUUAUUUUGGAGAGGGAUUCAGUAACGGAUAGGCUGUCCCAUGACAAGACCACGACUGAGGUUAUCUUUAGGCGGUUUGCUGGAGCAACUCCUAACAUCAAAGCUAAUGUUUCCAUCUCCGAUUCGGACUCUGUAUCGGAGUAUCAUGAUGGCGUUACGGGCGUCAAGCUUGCUGAGACCCGUAAAGUUGGUGACAGGGUUGUUAAGAGCUCGUUCACUGGGAAAUGUGCGGUGGAUUGGUUGCUCGAUUGUUGUACGACGGUAGAGAGGAGUGAGACUCAUGAAAUUCUCAACCUGUUCAUACAAUAUGGAUUGGUCCAGUCUGCUUUUGAGGAUAAGGCCUACAUUCAGGCUAACCCAAAGGCAAAAGAUUUUCAACCGACCAAAAAUGCCAUCUACAUUUUCACCGACAAAGGGAAGAGAGUGUCGGGAUGGAUUGAUGGCGACCGGUUGAGUCUGCAGAAUGGAGAUAGGGGAAGUGACGGAAACUCCGUACGAGGCACAUCCAAAGAUCAACGUGAGACUAACACUACCCGGCUGACCGCUAUCCUUAACGACGCUGCUUUGAGGUUGUUGUUCCGCGAAUACCUUCGGGAAACUGUAUGCGAGGAAAAUCUGUCAUUCUGGCUGGAUGUUGAGGAUUUCAAUCACAAUUUCCUUGCAAUUGAUAAGUCGAAACCUGAUGCUGUGCGAGAAACCUUAGCGGCUGCCUAUGGCCUUUACAACGCAUUCCUUGCCCCUGGAUCCCCAUGCGAAUUAAAUAUCGAUCACACGCUUCGACAAGACAUGGCCUCUCGAAUGACCCGAGCUGUUGCAAAGGACGAAAAUGCAAUGUACUCCAGUUUGAAGGAGGUGGCCGCUCUUUUUGACCGAGCGCAACAACAAGUGUUCAAACUCAUGGCAGGAGAUUCUGUUCCCAAAUUUAUCCGUACGCAGAAGUAUAUCGAGGUCGCCGGCGAUAUUCUUGAGGAUGAGAGGAACGGUCAUUCGGGUAUCGAGAGAAGCCUGAGCCGGAGAUAUAACAACGGAACCGCAUCAUAGACGGGGCUGUUUUUCAUAUAAAUUGGAUAUCUAGACCAUCCUUUAUUAUGGGAUUGGUUUAGUGCUUAAUAUCAUUUUUUCGCUUCGACUACUUUAGGCCGCUGGAGUUUUACUUCUUUUUCAAUCUCUCCAGGGAUUUUAGGGUCUUUUCAGGAGUUUUUGGGUCAUCAACAUCAUUGGUUAUCGUGGUUCUCUUUUUCUUAGCCACCCCUUUGCUUGCUGGAAUUUGUCGACUGUCCGCUGCUAUUCGUCGCUACAGAGUGACGAUCUAUCUUGUCUCACAGCGCCUUAAAGGCCCUUUAUGCAUCUUUGUUUAUUUUUCUUUUGCCCUUUAAAUCGUUUUUAUUCCCAGCUUCCUUCUCUUUGUCUCGUUAUUCUACGGGUGAGCUUUGGAGGGUGCUGUGUCCAGUAUUUAUGCAUAUCAUACAUAAGGUACAGCCUCUUUGUAUAGUUUAUUUUCCCCUCUCGGUUUCUUUUUGUUUAUCGAAAGAUUGAUGGGUUGAUCAUGAGGUGACGAACUGAUUGGGAGAGGGCUGGUGGUAGUGGGGAGUAUUUUAUAUUUUUCUAUCUCUUGAUGUCAAAAUUUUAAAAUAGGGAAGGCUUUAAUAUAGAGGUUUUUUUUUUU